GUACUCGUCUGCCUCUUGUGCUCGUGGUAUAGACUGGUUCUGGCUGUUCGUCCUCUUCCUCGAUCGGCAAGGCAUGGUCAUCUGCUUCCAUAGACAUGCUGCUCUCGUGGUAUUCAGAACCAGAAGCAGGUGAAGUACUCGAGUUCGUUCUGUGGCGAGCUGCACUGCGAGUAUUUGGAGCCAUCACUGGUGGGAUUUUGAUCUUGAGCGGGUUGGCAGGCACGUCCGGCUCAGCAGGGUCGGCCUCAAAGUUCCAAGGAGACUGUACCAGAUCUGGAACAAGAAGACUCGGUACGUUUGUGUCGGAAAGCAUAGGGAUUGCUUUCGCGACAAGGUCAGGAGGAAAGGUAAACGGAAACAAGAAUAGAAACAAAGAUCAUUAUUAGGUUACAAUUUCAUUACAAACUUAGAUAACCUUAUUAUAUUGCUUACUUACUCCGCUUUGUUGCAAGCGCCCAUUAACAUUUAGCUCUCUUUAUUUCCUUCCACCACCAUGUCUUGCGGGAAUCCGACCACUGAGGGCCAGGAUGCACUUUUGCCCCGAAGACUCAGACACGACAAGUCAAGAACCUGCGUUAAAUGCAAAGAAACAAUCGGAAAGAUCGUUGUUCGACAUGCAGUAUACUGCAAAGAUUGUUUCUUCCCACUCAUGACCUUCAAGUUCCGACGGUCUCUCGAGCCAUUUGUCAAUGCAAAGCCUGACGGACCUAGACGAACAGCUCUCAAGCCUACAGGCGAUCUCCUCAUUGGUUAUUCUGGUGGCCUUGGAUCUUCAGUACUGCUCGAUCUUGUCCAUCGAUGUUAUGUGUUACCGGAGUACGAUCGUUCCACUGCCGAGGGCGGGAGGGACCACCCUAGGAAGGAUAGGGUGUGGAGAAAGGUCAACGUCUGCUAUGUUGAGGUUUGCGAUGCCUUCCCAGGGAUGAAGGACAAUACCGAGUCAAUACGUUGUGCCGUUGAGCAAUAUGACGGCGUGGAGUUGAUUUCCUUACGAGUGCAGGACGCAUUUGAUCCUAAUUGGUGGAAUACAACGGAUCGCAGCAUUGAUCUGACACAUUUUGGCGUGAACCUAACCUCCGAAGAAUUAUUGCUAUCAUCAAUACCUGCUCCUGCUUCCCCUACUGAUGCACUCCGAAUAUAUCUCUCAUCUCUUCCUACCGACACCGCACGAUCAACAGCCUUACAAACCCUCACCCGUCUCCUUCUAUACCACACCGCUGUUCGGCGCGAGUGCUCUCACUUAUUACUAGGGACUUCCUUGACAAGCCUUGCCGUGUCACUGAUAUCCAGCAUUGCGCAGGGCGGCGGGUUCCACGUUAAGGAGGAAAUCCAGGAGGAAUGGACACCCAAUCUUGACAUUGCCAAUACCACUCAGAACGAAGAUGCUAAACCCAGCAGGAAUCAACGCUCCGUAAGGGUCAUUAGACCACUACGAGAUAUUGGCAUGAAAGAGUGUGCAGUUUGGGCUUGGUGGAAAGGCGUGAAAGUGGUUGGUCGCGAGAGUUGGGAGUGGCCUGGAUCGAAGCUGGGUAUAGGUCGCAUGACCAAAGAUUUCAUAGUGGGUUUGGAGAAAGAUUAUCCUUCAACCGUGUCGACUAUUGUACGCACUUGUGGGAAGCUCGCCCCGAAGGGUGAUGUUGCAGCUCAAUGUUUGCUUUGCGCCAGGCCAAUACAGCAGGGUGUACAAGCGUGGAAAGCUCGUAUAUCGAUUCGUUCUCUCAACGCAAGUGAUACAAAGGUUACUGCCCCUCUCUUAGAAUCUCUUAGGCCACAUCUAUGUUACACUUGUCAUACAACGCUCACAAGUCGCAGCCCUCGGACUUCACAAGAUUCUCCCACCGCAGUCCCAUUGCCGAUGUGGACUAUUGCUCAGUCCCGACUGUGGAAUCAAUCUACGAAGGCAGUUGAUGCAGAUGAUGAGACAGAGCUUUUUGUGGAGAGGCGAGUAAAUCAGGACGAAAUGCGGGAGGUCGUGAAGGAAUUCUUGCUCGAUGACUGAGGACAUCAUUGUGCAGGGAAUCAGGAUAUCACUCUGUUACUCGUAGGACAUGUCUGUAUACCUCGCCAGACCUCAUAUAACUGCCACUUAUUGCCGAAUUGUUGGCAUAUUGAGGAACUGAC